AUGGACGCUUCGAAACAGUUCCCGAUACUCCGUCUACCGUUUCUCGCAAUUGAAGAAGUAUUCAAAGCGAUGGAUCCUUUUGAAAUAAUAAAGUUCUCGAUGAUUAGCAAACGGACCAAAGGAAUAGCAAAGAAUAUGAGCUUUUAUUCGAAAUAUUCAAUUCAAAUUAACUAUGAUGAAGAACCACAAGUCUCGGUUGUUGGGCCUAAAUAUAUGACAGCAUGUUUUCACAUAUUCACAUCAAAUAAAGAAAAGAAUGGAAAAGUUGAGGAUCGUGACUGGGAUGAUAGGAAUGAGCUGCUCGUAUGGAAAUACUCUGAUAAUCCAAUAGAGGAAUGGAAACAAUUGAGUAAGCAUGUAUUGGAAAUAUUCAAAAAGCAGACAAUCGACGUUUUAAGAAUGACUAUGGAUGCAUUCGUAGAUCAAAACGUGUCGAUUAUUGAUUUUUUGAAGACUAAUUGGAAAUCAGUGAACGAUUGCCAUCUGUACCAAACGCGUCAAGAGAAGAACGUGGAUGAGCAUACUGCUUAUUUCCUGGAUAAUAUCACAAUUAAUGCCAAUUUAUUGUCUUUGUUAAACAUUAAAAACAAGCACUUUGAUGGGAAAAUUCCAAAAAAUCUGAAGGAAAUACAUAUCGAAAACUCGAAAUGGAUUGGAUAUGAGAGACUGUUGGAGAUAGAUUGUAAGCAUGUGACACUAGAAAAUGAUGAAAUUUCAAAUAAAGAAUGGAAUUUAUUCCUCAAGAAAUGGAUAGCAAUGGAAACGAAUCAGAAUUUGGUAUUCUUGGAACUCGAUUACACAGAUUUGGAAGAAUUUAGAGAUCGUGUGUUGCAUGAUAUACCAUAUGAAGUGGUUAGUGAAGAAGUUUCCAGAAUUGUGCCAUGCCACUACAAUCAGACACAAAAGAUGAACGGAGGGAUCGACAUUCGACGAAUCGACGGGAAGACUGCCACAUUCUUCGUGCGUCAUUCUAUAUGGGAAGGAAGUUUCUGGAUGUGUAUUCACUGA